AUGUCUAGCAACAAUGUGACUGCGAGUACGUUGUCUCCUUCUAUUAUUUCUCAGAGUCCUGAAGCCGCUCCUUCCUCUGCAUCUGCUCCUGCUCCUGCUGCGUCGUCUGCUCCUCCAGCCUCUGCCCCAUCUUCAGAUCCGCCCUCGUCAGAUCCUCCUUCGCCGUCUGUAACACCCUCCGCAGCACCUGCGCCCACUGAGGCUUCUUCUGCUCCCGCGCCGUCUUCCAAUCCGCCAGAAAACACUCCUUCAAGUCCCCCACCGGCUUCUAACACGCCUUCAGCGGACGCGCCCUCUUCAGAGGCUCCUGCACCCGCCUCGAGCGCUGCUCCCUCAAGCGCUGCUCCCGCUCCCUCAAGUGAGCCCGCGGCACCAUCAAGCCAGGCGCCGCCGCCGCCUGCAUCUUCAGCACCCGCGCCAGCCUCAUCAACCUCACAAGCACCUCCUCCAGCGCAGUCGAGCGCACCACCGCCAGCACAAUCGUCAGCAGCGCCGCCUCCCCCAGCGACUACCAGCAAUCCGCCGCCUGCCGCUACAAGCGUCAUCACUGCUCCAUCGGCGCCUCCAUCCACCCAAGUCUUCACCUCUGUCACCGUCGUAACCUCUACCCCGACAGGAGAAGGACAGACACCGCAAAUCGUCACUGUAACAGCAACCUUCUCGCGCACUGACGUUGCCGCUGCGCCAACCAAUGCUGCAUCUUCCACUGGUACAGGCGCUGCGGAUCCUUCCAACACUGACUCCACUCAGCUGCAGAAUGCGCAAAAGGAGAACUCUGGCGGCUUAGGCACUGGUGGUAAGACUGCCAUUGCUGUCGUCAUUCCCGUUGUAGUUGUCGCUCUGCUAGUACUGGGAGGCAUCUUCUUCUGGCGGAAACGUAAGCAGCGCAAGAGCGCCGAGGACGAACGCCGCAAAGAGGUCGAGGAGUAUGGCUUCAACCCCAACCACGACCCUACGCUACCUGCUGUCGGCGGAUUGCAAAUGGCCGAAGACGACAGCGGUUACCGAGGCUGGGGCAACACUACCACCAGCUCUAACCGCAAGAUGUCGACCACCCUCACCUCUGGCAUGACCUACUCGGACAGCAACAGCAACCCUGGUGGCUACGCCAGCCCACACUCUCCCACAAACGGUGCCUACUCCGACGCUCACUCUAACGACCCGCUCGUAGACGGUCGUCGCCAGACCAUGGACUCGGACGGCAUCGGCGCACUUGGUGUUGUCAACGGCGCUGCAGCAUCCAACUCUGCCAACAACCAGGCCGGUGUACACCGUGGACCUUCCAAUGCCUCUUCGUCGUACUCGGCAGCCAAUCACUCCGACAACUCAGGCGACUACCCUGGCAUGGCCAAUGGCCACCCACAGGAGUACUACCAAAACCAAGAGUACUACCAGAACGGGCCAUACGCUGCAAACGACCCAUAUGCUGGCAACCAACAGCCAAUAAUAAGAGAUGUGUCAGCACGACGCAAUACAAGGAUAGAAAACCCAAGUGUCUUCCCCCAACAAGGGAACUCUGGCAUCGCACAAAACUUCUAG